UGGAGACUCUACAGGGGGAUACACUGGUUCCUCAAGCUCCCUGAAGCCAAAGCCAGCCAGCCUGAGGCAAAAGAACAAACAACACCCCCAGCCGAUACACCAGCCAAGGAAGAGCCACCCGCUGCCACUGCCGCUGCUGUCUCGGCACCCUCGGAGCCUGAGCCCACGCCUUCCUCAUUUCCUGAUGACACUUCGCUGAAGAACCACGAGCCUCAUCUGGGACCCAAGCCUCGCACCCACAACAGGGUCCUCAACCCUCCUGGAGGAAAGUCUAGUGUGGUGUUCUACUGAUCUGCUGAGCGUGCCACCUCUCCCAGUUUGUCCAUUAACCUCUUUGUCUGCUCCCCUGUUAAUCUUCUCUCAUUCCUACACUGCUUUUUUGAUGGUCAUGUGAUCUGUACACCUAAAUGCAGCCCAGUUAUUGUUGUUGUUCACACCUAAUGCCUGGGCUCAUAAGUUGUCCUCAACAUCUUGCAUUUUCAUCCCCGUUUCUGACUCCCUCCCGUCUGUCUUCUCCUUGAAAUUCUUCUAUAAUGAAACCUGCAUUCAUUACAAUCACCGAUGAGUCAGCUGAAUGGCUAGCUUAUCACUUUAACUGUAACACUGUUCAGUCUCAACUUUGCAGUUACCGUUUUCAUCAUUUAUGUUACAAGCAUUUGUAAGUGCAAUUUGUUUGGAGGCACAAUCGUCUGAUUUUUGCGUGUGUGAGAACAUUAAACAUUAAACCGUUCUUGAGAUGCAGAAAUGUUCUGCAUCUCAAGAACGGUUUAGAGUUUGGACUACUUGCACAAUUUUCCGCUUUAAACUGAGCUGCAAUUUGGUUUGGCUAAAAACUUCACAGCAAACAUUUGCCCAAAUUUCUGGGAGCUUUCUGGGGUCAACACAGCUUCUCAUCAGUUUAAUAUAUGAAGUGCCAGAUCUUUAUUGCAUGUCCACUUAAUUUCAGAAUUUAAGAAACAAUCCAUGUGACUGAG